UGGGGACUCAAAGCUGUGCCCACAGAACCUCUUUUAGCUCACAGCACUCAGAACUGCACGUGGUAUCGUCUGCUACUUCCUGCAGCUCUGUCAGAGCAGCCUCUGAGCACGGCACGAGCUGGAGCACUCCGUCAUCUCCUCUGCAAAAACAGGGGGGGAAAAAGAAAAAAUAAAAGGAAAUACCAACUGGAAAAAGAAUAAUGGAACGUUGUCUACACGAAAAUUGUAACUCCACUUGCCCAGAACUUCCUUAUCAAGAGAGUCAGACAUUUCUGGUUGCUGUUUACAGCAUCGUUGUUGCUAUAGGCCUUCCAGCCAAUUGCUUAACCUCUCUGCUUACGUUUGUACAAAUCCAAAGGAAUAAAGUCAUUGCCGUCUACAUUUUCAGUUUAUCACUGUGUGAUCUGAUGUAUUUAAGUACCUUGCCUCUCUGGAUUAUCUAUGUGCAAAAUGGGCACAAGUGGACCAUGGGUGACACUGCUUGCAGAAUAACAGGAUUCAUCUUUUUCUGCAAUAUCUACAUCAGCAUUCUGCUUUUGUGCUGCAUCUCUGUGGAUCGUUACGUGGCACUGGUGUAUUCUGUGGAAUCAAGGGGAAGAAGAGAACAGAAACAGGCCACCAAAAUAGUCUGUUUUCUCUUUGCUGUGGUUGCAGGAAUCCACACUCCGGUAUUUUACAUGGAAGAUAAGCAAAACUGUACAGAGGCAAAAACCUGCUUUGAGACAGUGCCCCUUGACAUAUUAUUGGCUUCUUUCAGCUUCGCUAGAUUCCUGUUUGGAUUUGCCAUACCCUUCACAAUCCUGAUUUUUACAAACUACAAAAUUUUCCAAGCUAUCAAAAGAAGCAGCAGCUUGACUUGUCACCAGAAAGCCAAAGUGAAGUAUGUGGCUAUUGCCAUUAUUGUUAUUUUCUUGAUCUGCUUUGCUCCAUAUCAUGUGGUGCUCAUAAUAAGAGCCAUAUACUUUAUGUUUCAUCAGGACUGCCCAUGUCCAUUUGAAAAUAAGAUAUAUUCAGUUUUUACAGUGUUUCUGUGUUUAGGCACUGCAAACGGUGUUGCUGAUCCAAUCCUCUAUGUUCUGGUCAGUGAAAACGUCAGAAAAGACUGUUACAGGAGCCUGAGAAGAUGGAGAUGGACCUCAUCCAAGCUAAAUUCAUCCACUGAUCACAAUACUGACAACAGAAAAUUGGAAAUGCCAAAAGAAUCAGAGGAAGGGGGCCAAAGAAAAGAAAACAAAGAAAUAACAGAUUCCUCUGACAUUCAGAAGGCCUGUACCAAUGGCAGAGACCAGGAAAGUGGCAGCUAGGCUGGAAGCUGCUGGAACAAAUAAGAAGUUCCCAAUGCAAGCUGCAGGACACAAGUUUUUACAUGCUGACAUCAUCUUGCAUAUCUUGCAUGGGUCCUUAACUCCUUGAGGACACUAUGGGAGCAAUAAUUCACAUUUGUUUGUCACCUACAACAAACUUUGCCCACCAGAUCACUGGUGAAACUACUGCUUUGCUGAGGAUGCAUGGAAUAAACAAAGUAAUUUACUUUGACUCAAAA